GAAACAACCCCCAACUAAUUACCUUUUCCUCUUCCUGGUAUCUGAUGUCUGUCCUUGAUGCCACUGUUCACGAUGUUUGUUCCCUCGGUCCCGGCUACAACCCAUCACAUGGAUGCGCUGCCUAUCAGUUGUGAUCACAUCCGUCGUUCUGCUUCCGGGUACAGGUAAGGGGCCUACAUGCGCUAGCCCGCUGCAAACACUGGCCAAAUCUGGAAUCAUAUCUCCCGUCGUGACCCCUUGCCUCUCGGAGGCGAACGAGAAUAUGGUCAACUUGAGGAGAAACAACCAUUCGGAGUAUUCCGCCGUCUCCCUCCCGCCUGUCCCGUCUGUCCCGCCUUCUGUCGCCGAGCCGACAAUUGCGUCUGAAUAUAUUCAGAGGGACGUCUUACCUUCGUUCUCCCGCCCGGCUACUGGUGCCGCUCACGCCCUCGCCGACCUCCCAGUACUUCGGGACCUCGUCUCUAAUAAGGCUGGCCGUGGCACCUUCUCUACGAAAAAGGCUAAUAAUAUCCCGGCUACUAUAGUCCAGUGCGUUGGAGACGAGGCUCCCGCGCCAUGUAACCGUUGCGCUCAGAGGUUCGGGCUUUGGGCCCAGUGUGUGGUGCCGCCCGUCGCGUUUCAUGGCGUCACCAAGGGUGCCUGCGCUACCUGCCACUUCGAAUCACUCGGCAGCAGGUGUUCCUUGCAUAAAAAGAAUCGGGUUCCGAUGGCCCCAGCCCCCCCAGCCGUUAACACCCUGCCCGGAUCUACUGGCCUAGAUCUGGCGCAGUUGAAGGAAGACUCUAAGAGGAUGACGGAUGCCCAGAGGGCCAGCGCUGAGGCUAGGAUACAGGCGGAGAUGGCGGCCCUGGGUUGGGCCAAGCUCGAGCUGCAGCAACGGGAACAACAGCCUUGGUCUUGGGAGGAUAAGGAGGACACCGAGUUCGGCGCCAACUUCAGCAAGCGCACCUGGCAUGACAGCAAUGGCGAAACCAUACUCUAUUUCCGAAAAGCCUGAUGACCAAGGCGGAACCCACUCGCCCCGGCGUGUCUAUUCAUUAUGCUCUCGAAAAGCGGAGGAAGAAUUCAUGGAUUCAUGUACACAUGGGACAUCAGUCUUCCGGACCUUACCCUUCUCCUUCGAAGUGAACGACGCAAUGACAUCAUCAACAGGAUCCACACUUCAAGCCGAGUGAGCUCCAGAAUUCGCGAACGAU